AUGCCUGAUUUCCUAAACUUGCCCGACUCCUUGUCGCAUUGUGCAAACUUCACAACCAUUGACACCGAACCUCUUGAUAGGUUUGCUUGUGCCGGUCUUCAAUCUUUCCAAAACUACUGUUGCCCUGGAGAUGGAAUCUAUGCUUGUGAAUUUUGCACCAACGGUCUUGACAAUAUCGACACCUUCCUACUAGAGAAGAAUGUGUCAUGCUCAGAGUAUCAAUAUCGCGCCAUCUUUGCCGGUGAGGAGCAAUGCAUGGAAGACUUCAAGCCGGUGGAAAGCCUGUGCUGUUCCGAGAGCACAUUUCCUCCAGCUGCCACAUUAACCCCUUCCAAAGCUGUCAAGGAAGGCCAAUGCGUUUUCUGCAGUAACGGAUUGAUCAAUGAGACUCUGGUGAUGCCAGAAUUUUUGAAUUUGCCUCCUUCGCUCUCGUCCUGUGCGAAUCUCAAUGCCAUUGAUACGGAACCUCUUGACAAGUUUGCCUGCCUUGGUCUUUUGUCAUUCCAAAACUACUGUUGUCCUGGCGAAGACGUGUUUGCAUGCGAGUUUUGUUCCUCAGGGCUUGACAAUCCAAAUGCAAUUGUACCCGAGUGGAAUGAAACGUGCUCUCAGUUUCGACGUCGUGCCGUUUUCGCAGACGAAGGCCAAUGCGAGGGAGACCACAGGCCGAUGGAAAGUUUAUGUUGUCCCGGUAUAUCAAGUAGUGCAAUGAAACAGACCCAGCCUUUAGUUGGAUUGGUUUUGACUGUAUUGACAAUAUUGGUUGGAUUCUUUCUUGAUUGA